CUUGGCCUCUCACCAACAUUGGACGCGCUCUCUUGAUCAGCAUACCUACCUACCUAUCUACCCACAUACCCAUCAACCUUUUUGUUCCUGGAAGAACAUCUUCCCUCACCUGAACGCCGUCCAUCAUCAUGACUAUGACACUGGACUCAUCACAACAACGAUUCGGCCCCCUGAACUUGGAUCCGAUGUCUUCCUACCAAGCUUCCUCCUCCGCUGCCCCCCAGUUCUCCAACCCUUGGGGUUCUUCUUCCUCGCCGCCCAACAACAGCCACGCCCUGUACGUCAAUGGCCACCAGGGCCUUCACCCGGGUCUCGGCCCUCUGGACAGGGCGCAUGCGCGCGCCAGCACCAGCAGCUCCGCGUCGUCCCUUGGUUCCUACGGCCAGAUUCCCGUCACAGCAGCUUCAGCAGAUGUUAUGAGCAUCAGCCGGAUGCACGCAACCACCGCCGCCCCCUACACAGACGCCAGCAGCAGCUACGCCUCGUCCGCGUCUCCUGUCAACGCCUCUUACACGGCAUCCCCCGCACCCUACGAGUCUAUGGGUUACGCCCCAGCACCGCCCGUGAGGUCGGCCUUUGCCCUUGCUCCUGAGCACGACCACUCCAGGAGAUUCUCACACCCAGGUAUCCACGACGAGAGGAGGAGUUUCGCAGACGCCAUCGAUGCCGGCCACGGCAUGCUGGCCAUGAGCCAGGAGACCCCGCGACCCAUCUAUGGCACCCGCACCGACAGGAGCUCGCAAGACUCCUACGGGCUUCCCCUCCACCCACUCCACUAGCUCGUCCGUCUCUUCGGCUGGCGGGGUUUGGAAGCUACUAUGGGCGCAGACUCUGUCAGCGACUACUCAACGUCCGACAUUUGAGUCGGUCACGUCGCGCACCCUACCACCGCCCCUCACCGCCUACUGAAACCAUGCUCCGCUAGCGCUCCAGUCCAUGAUGGGUCAGUUUAGUUCCAAGGUGUCUUCGAGCACGCAUAAGAAGCACAAGUGCAAGGUGUGCGACAAGCGCUUCACGCGCCCCUCAUCACUGCAAACACACAUGUACAGCCACACUGGCGAGAACGUUUGCAUGCGAGGUCGAAGGAUGCGGCCGUCACUUCUCCGUCGUCUCCAACCUUCGCCGUCACAAGAAGGUACACAAGGGCGAUGCGAGGUCCGAAGCUGGCUCCGAGGAUCACCAGUCCGACUAA